AUGAUUACAAUGGAAUUUGCCAGUCAGUAUUUUCCUAUCAUCCUGAUUGAAGGCCAUACUAACUCAGUUAAUAGGGCCAAGAACCGCUGGUCAAUGGUCCUUUCUCUCCUAGGAGCUACUGUUCUGCGCAUAUUCUUUGUGAUCAUAUCCUACGGGUGCAAGGUUCCUGCUGGUAUCUUCGUGCCUUCUAUGGCUAUUGGUGCCUCUUUUGGAAGAAUGGUUGGAAUACUUGUUCAAGCCCUCCACCAACGAUUUCCAGAUUCUCAUUUUUUUGCAUCUUGUGAACCCGAUGUUCCGUGUAUUACCCCGGGAACCUAUGCGCUCCUCGGUGCCGGUGCUGCUUUAAGUGGGAUAAUGCAUUUAACCAUAUCAGUGACGGUUAUCAUGUAUGAACUAACAGGUGCAUUGACUUAUAUUCUCCCCACAAUGAUUGUUGUUGGAGUUACCAAAGCUGUUAGUGACCACUGUGGCAAAGGAGGUAUUGCUGAUCGCAUGAUUUGGUUCAAUGGAUUCCCAUUUCUUGAUAGCAAGGAAGAGCAUAUUUUUAACGUCCCAGUUUCGCAUGCCAUGACAAGCAAUCCUGUUGUGUUCACCGAAGCAGGCCUGUCGAUAAACAAGGCCGAACAGAUGCUUCAAAAACACAAAUUUCAGGGUUUUCCUAUUGUCCAAGAUCUUGACUCGAUGACCUUAGUCGGUUACAUUGGCCGCACGGAACUUCAAUUUGCAAUCAGACGUGCAAAACGGGAGGGCUUAUUGGCACCCAACGCCAGGUGCCAGAUUGUCCGCCAGCAAAUUCCAACCAGCGGUGGCCCUGCAUCAAGCUCCCCAAUUAACGACCUAUUCGGGCCCUCUACCCCCUCGUCUUCCUCUCAUCUGGAAAAUGAGUGGCACACAGGGGCAGCACCCGUUACAUUCGAUGAUAUAGCAUCAUCAUCAGGUACUCGAGUGAUCGAUUUGAGCCCAUACGUAGAUAUGGCUCCAAUUACUGUCCAUCCUCGUCUCGCCCUUGAGACAGUGAUGGAAAUAUUCAAAAAGAUGGGACCGAGAGUUAUACUGGUUGAGCACCGUGGUCACUUAUCGGGCCUUGUUACCGUCAAGGAUUGCUUAAAGUACCAAUUUAAGGUGGAACAUCAAGAACAUGCAGAUGCUAACGCUGCCACUGCCGGCGAUGCUACUGCUGGUAUCCAUGCUGGCCCCGAGGAAGGGAUAGUAGAAAAAAAGGCAUGGCAGCUUAUUUUGUGGUCUACUGGGCUCGCGAAGAAGAUUUUUAUAGGAAAAGGAACUGCUUCCGGGACAGGAGGCUAUACCCAGGUUUCCCAGGAGGAACAGCGAAGACAUGAAUCCGUGGAGAUAAUUGAUGGCACAGAGGACGUGGAUACCCAUUUUGAGUUGGAAGAACGGGACCAUUAG